AUGGCGACUUUGAACAGGUACCAAGACGACCGCCUGCUGGUCGGCGCACCCAGUACGCAACGGGCUGCGAGUCUGCCCAUACAGAGCACGCACCCCAGCAGACCUGCCUCCGGACCAAGUCAUAUCAGACUGCAGAUCGUCGAGAUCAUCAGCUCCGACGACGAGGAUGUGCCCUACCCGCCAACAAAGACCCCCUCCACCCGCAAACCUCCCAAAACUACCCGCGUCACCGGCCGCAGACCCCACCUCCGCUACAGAUCCAACAACGACCCUGCCAUUCCAGACAACACCGGCACUCCCGGCCGCGUGCAAUUCCCUGCCGACUUCCCCGGCACCCUGACCCCACUCUUCCUCGACUUCUUCCGCGCGCAAAACUCCAACAUCGUCCCUCGUGCAAUCUACUUCAUGCAAGUCCCCUGGAUCUUCAAGCUGCACAACGGUCGCCGCAAGGCCGACUGCACGGACGCCAAUUACUUCGUCCGGGACCCAACCACAGGGCUCAUAGACGAGGAAAGGCCUGUGGCGGAGAUGAGGGUGAUGACGUUGCCUUGGAUGCAUAAGCAGCAUGGUGGGAAGAACGCGCAGCGGUGUAUCAUGGUGCGGGACGGGAGAUUGGAGAAAGGGAAGUGGGUCGUUUUGGCGAGGUGUAGGGGCUGGAGGAAUGACUUCCGUGUGUGGAGGGGCGCGAAGGACGAUGAGUUCGAACAGGCUAGUGUGGUGAAGAAGGGCGUUGUGGCCGGAGAGGCUGUGAAAGGGAGUGGGUCGCGGACGGUGAGGAAGGGCAAGGCCGGGAGCCGGUGGGAGUUGGCGAGCUAUCGAAAGCUUCAAUUGAAGAGCGCGAAGGAGAGGGCAAGAGAAGUUGUGGAGCUUGACGACAGUGAUGGGGGUGGUGAUGCGACUGAGCAAGUUCCAUACCUGUCGCCAGCGCUGCCGUCCACAGAGAUCGCGCAGGACGAUCUGCCGCGAGCUCCAAAGUGGGACGAGUCUGCUCCGCUGCCAUCAGUCGCCGUCCAUGAACCCGAAGCAUACGCCGAGGACAGCGACGACGACGACGGGAUCAUCGACCUCUCUCAGCAGGUUGUGUUCCACUUCAACGGCCCAUCGUUCCGGACACGGACUCUUUUCUCCUGCGGCAACUUUCACAGCUUCUUCGGAAAUGCUUCAGCAGCCGGCCUCAUCACGGCGUACGAGAGGUAUCCUGUGCUGAAGUGCGUCGUUGCUGGAUCUGAUGGUGCCAUAGGCCAGCCAUGGAUAGUAGCUGACGAGGUGGACUUCACGGAACUGGUGAGGACCGUGAUGAGCGCGAACGAUAUCGCUGGAGUUGGUGACGAUGGGAUUACCAUUCAUGUUGGAAGGUAA